AUGUGGGCCCAAGACUGGAGCAACGUGAAGGACCUGUUCCUGCCCUGCAAGAACAAACCAUCUCUUGAUAUCGCACCCGCACUCCGAGAGCAGAACUAUACGGCAGAGAGGAUGUUCCGAGUAUCCGAGGAAUUCUUCACGUCUAUGGGAUUAAGUCCGAUGCCGGAGAAAUUUUGGAAUCUCUCCAUCAUAGAGAAACCAAAAGACCGGACGAUUGUCUGUCAUGCCUCUGCUUGGGACUUUUGCGAUUCCAAGGACUUCAGAAUCAAACAGUGCACGGACAUGACAAUGGAGGACUUCGUGACGGUCCAUCACGAGAUGGGACAUGUUGAGUACUACAUUCAGUACAAGGACCUUCACAUCGCCUUUCGGGACGGAGCCAAUCCAGGUUUCCACGAAGCAGUAGGAGAUGUGAUUUCGCUAUCGGUGGUGACCCCGAAGCAUAUGGUGAAGAUCGGGCUCUUGUCGGACUCAGCAGGGAAGAAGGACUCGGAGGUAGACCUGAACUAUCUCAUGUCACAGGCCUUGUCCAAGGUGGCCUUUCUCCCGUUCGGAUAUCUCAUCGAUGUCUGGAGGUGGAAUGUCUUCCGGGGCAAGAUCUCCUCCAGCCACUACAACUGCGAGUGGUGGAAACUCAGGUCAGAGGUGCAAGGAGUUCAGCCUCCGAACAUCCGAAGCGAAGAGGACUUCGAUCCAGGCGCCAAAUAUCACAUCGCAGCGAAUGUUCCUUACAUGAGUUACUUCGUGAGUUACAUCAUCCAGUUCCAAUUCCACCGAGCCCUGUGCACAGCUGCAGGAGAAUAUGAUCCGAAAAAUCCUCUGGCAAAACCCCUUCACGAUUGCGACAUCUACAGGAACAAGAAAGCUGGGGAUCUCCUCAAGGAGAUGUUGAGGCUGGGGAGUUCCAAGCCGUGGCCUGAUGUCAUGGCGGUCAUCACGGAAGGUAAUCGCCGCAUGGAUGUCUCCGCCCUCAGGGAGUACUUCCAGCCUCUGGAGAACUGGCUGCGGAAGGACAACAAGAAGCAUGGUGCCGCCGUAGGAUGGAAACUUAGUAAGAAUCGGUCAUAUUCUGUUUCUUGCAUGUCCCUACUUUUCUUUUUUUGUCUCCAGUUCACUGACGUCCUGGACUGGUCAGUGGAGCUUUGCUAA